AUGGCUCAAGUCGCUAAAACAAUGCAUAAAGACUCCUGUAUGUGUUCAAAAUCUGAACUUGAUUUAUUUUAUGUUCCACCGACUCAAGUGAUAAUGGAAAAAGGAUUUUGGGAAGAUGUUGAUCCCAUUACAAGUAUAUAUUCUUCAGAUACGAUAGAAUUUUUAUGUGCUAUAAAUUCUGGAGUUUAUAGUAAUUUAGCAAGCAGUUUCCUAUACGUUAAAGCAAAGAUCACUACCGCGGCUGGAAGAAAUGUGGGUGCAGACAUUCAAGUUGGCCCUUCAAACCUUUGGAUGCAUGCAUUAUUCUCACAAGUGGAAGUAUUUCUGAACAACAAACUGGUUACCCCAUCAAGCACAGCCUACCAUUACCGAGCGUAUAUUGAAACGAUCCUGAACUUUAGUAAAGACGCCAAAGAUUCACAUUUGACCUCAGCACUAUUGUAUAAAGAUAAAGCUGGAAAGAUGGAUGUAGUAAACCCUCUCGCACAAAUGCCAACGUCAACAUGGGAUUAA